UGAUGUCAGUGAGUUUCCUAAAGGGGCAACUAUCACAAUAGAUUUAGCUUCAAAUUAUAGAAGUUAAUGUAGAAGCUGAGCAGAAACAGCAACAUAACUACUUCGAGGUGGUUAAUUUUAAUUGAAAUACAGAUUAAAAAGCG